AAGAGGCCACCACUAGCGAAGAAGCGUCGUGAAAAAGCCGCAAAAUAUACACAGACUGCACCAAUAUUUUCGCGAAACUCCAACAAAUCGAGGCAAGGAACGUUAAAAACGCCCCGAUAUGAGUGGCGGCACCAUGUUGUACGGUGGGGACGAGAUCGGAGCACUGGUCUUUGAUCCCGGUCACCAUUCCUUGCGAGUGGGCUACGCGCAGGAGGACUCGCCGAAGGCGGAGAUCCCCUCCGUUGUGGGAAUCGGUGCGGCUCCAGAGACAAAUCUUGAUCCUGAAACGAAAACCGACAAUAACGCCACACCAAAUAAUGCCGAUCAACGCAAGUUUUAUGUGGACACCAACUAUGUAAACGUACCACGGUCCCAAAUGGAGGUACAGACCUACAUGAAAGAUGGAAUGAUCGAGAACUGGGAUCUAUUCGAGAAGGUUAUAGAUUACGCCUAUGCGAAUGUCAUUCAAUCGGAGCCGGAAUACCACCCAGUGCUCUUUUCAGAGGCAUCCUGGAAUGUGCGAAACAACAGAGAGAAACUAACCGAACUUAUGUUCGAGAAAUACAAUGUUCCAGCUUUCUUUCUGGUGAAAAAUGCUGUUCUGGCUGCGUUUUCCAGUGGCCGUGCUACAGCGUUGGUUGUGGACAGCGGCGCCACCCAUACCUCUGCCGUGCCCGUACAUGAGGGCUAUGUGCUGUCCCAGGCGGUGGUGAAGUCCCCGCUGGGAGGCGACUUCUUAUCGCGGCAGUGUCGUCAGCAUCUGGAAAAGCACGGCAUCGAUCUGUCCCCCGUAUACAAGAUAGCCUCCAAGGAUGUGGUUAAGGAGCGGGACAACGCCCGGUUUACUCUGCGAAAGCUUCCUGAAAACCUAACGCAAUCGUGGCAAAACUACAUGCUACAGUUGAUGAUGCAGGACUUUCAAAUGAAUGUCCUUCAGGUGCUGGAGAAUCCCUAUGACGAGAGGGUGGCUUCUCAGAUCCCAACGGUCCACUACGAGUUUCCCAAUGGCUAUCACCAGGACUUUGGAUCUGAGAGGUUUAAAAUAGCCGAGAGUUUGUUUGAUAACGCCAUGCUGGGAGCUGGCCAACUGGCGUCCACCAGCGUCGGAAUGUGCGAUGCUGAUGUGCGACUAUCGCUCUUUGGUUCAGUGGUAGUUACUGGUGGCAAUACCCUGCUGCAAGGCUUCCCUGAGCGCCUGAAUCGCGAUCUACAGCUGCGUGCUCCAUCCAACACUCGUCUGAAAAUGAUAUCGGCUAACGGAAGUGUAGAGCGAAGGUUUGGCGCCUGGAUCGGUGGGUCCAUUCUGGCUAGCAUAGGCACCUUCCAACAAAUGUGGAUUUCAUCGCAGGAGUACGAGGAAGCCGGCAAAAGCCAAGUGGAACGAAAGUGUCCAUAAAUGGCAGCUUCAACAAUCGAAUUCCAAUUUUUAAUUUUAAAGACGCAACUCCAUGUAAUUAUAUAAAUGUGAACCUUUAAAUGUC